AUGCGCACCACACAUAACAGUUCCCUACUAAUCGUACAUUCUAUAUUUGUAAAAGUAAAUACGUGCAUACCUCUAACCGCUAGUAAACAUUUCUACCAAAUACCCCCUUCAUUUCUCAUCAGUUCACUUUUACCUAUUGUGAACAGAAACAUAGAACAGCGCAGUACUCAUGGUUUUGACCAUACCACCGCUGUUCUAUCAUUAUUUUAUGUGUUGUUCUCACCGAUCUUCAAUUUCAAUCACCACUACCCCACCCAUCUCUUCGUUCAGCCCGUAUUACCAUUCCAUCACCGCAUCAUCAUCCAUUACUUACCGCAUCUCCUCAUUCUACCCUCCAUUUUUUUAUUUUUUCUCAACCAUCCCAUUGCAAUGAACCGUGCAUUACCGAAAUCUUACCUAGAAAAAACAAUGAACUGCGAUGUAGCGCUUUACAUGCGCAAGAAAAAGAAAUAUUACGGCAAAUUGCUCGGCAUGGAUGAGCACUUCAACGUGCUGUUGGAUGAUGCGUACGAGGAGAAUGAGGAGAACGUACGGGUGGGGGUAGGACGGGCGCUCAUCAACGGAGGAUCGGUAGCUGCGAUUGAAUUUGUUGAUGAUCAAUAG